AGAGGCACGCAGCCGCGCGGGGGCUACAGAGCCCAGACCCAGCUCUACAAGAUGCACUUAGGACCCCCGCGGCUGGAAGAAUGAGCUUGUCCUUCCUCCUCCUCUUCCUCAGCCACCUGAUCCUCAGCGCCUGGGCUCAAGGGGAGAAGCUCCUCGCCCCUAAAGGGCAACUCGGACCCGCUGCCACUGAUAGAAACCUGGAAGGCUCCAGCAGUAGCCAGAGCAGCAGCAGUAGCACGACAUCUUCCUCUUCCUCCUCCCCUACGACUUCUCUGGGCAGCCAAGGAAGUGGCUUGGAGCAAAGCAGUUUCCAGUGGACCCCCUCGGGGCGCCGGACUGGCAGCCUCUACUGCAGAGUGGGCAUCGGUUUCCAUCUGCAGAUUUACCCGGAUGGCAAAGUCAAUGGCUCCCACGAAGCCAAUACGUUAAGUAUUUUGGAAAUAUUUGCUGUGUCUCAGGGGAUUGUGGGAAUACGAGGAGUUUUCAGCAACAAAUUUUUAGCGAUGUCAAAAAAAGGAAAACUCCAUGCAAGUACCAAAUUUACAGAUGACUGCAAGUUCAGGGAGCGAUUUCAAGAGAACAGCUAUAAUACCUAUGCCUCAGCAAUACACAGAACUGAAAAAACAGGACGUGAGUGGUACGUGGCCCUGAACAAGAGAGGAAAAGCGAAACGGGGCUGCAGCCCCCGGGUGAAACCCCAGCACGUCUCUACCCACUUCCUGCCCAGAUUCAAGCAGUCGGAGCAACCAGAACUCUCUUUCACAGUUACUGUUCCUGAGAAGAAAAAGCCACCUGGACCUAUCAAGCCAAAGGUUCCCCUUUCUGCGCCCCGGAAGAGUCCCAACACAGUGAAAUACAGACUGAAGUUUCGGUUCGGAUAAUGUUCAACUUGGCCUUGUGAGAAAGCACACUUUCCCCUCAGGAGUUUCCGUAGGAGUCUUUACGGAUCUGAAGAAACAUUUUUGGACAUAGCUUCAGCUCUACUACACUGUAGUGAAGUCAGGUCAUUUGUUUCGGUGUGACUGAAACAAAAAUGUUUUCUGAUAGGAACUGAACUGGAAUUCUUUGUAUAAACACAGGGAGCACCCUGCUUCAGUUCAGUGAGACAUGAAGCCUUUAUGCUCAGUGCAUACCAGGACUCUGUGUUUUCAAAGAGUUAAACAGCGUGGACUGUGUAUUUCUCUGACUUUUACACAUCAACCCAAAAGAA